GGGUAGCUAUGUUGGUAAAAUUUUAUCUAUAACUUCCCCCACCCUACAUGUGCGAUAUUAGAUUACAAAUAGAAUUUCAUUACAUUUCGUUCGUUUCCUCAAAACCGAAAAGGAAACAUAACCUAGAAAAACAGCAUAUCUCCUAACAAUGGAUAAAGGAGUUUUUUCCCUGGACGUAGUACCUGUAGAAGAUUUGAACGACCCAAACUAUGAUGGAAUAAUUUUAGUGGUAACACCCGAGCAGAUAGAUACGGUCGAAGAGUUUUCAGGGGCUUUAAAAGAUGCCUUUGACUUGGACAUCUCAGUGAAAGAUGAGGUAGGACUUAUCCCAAUACCCACAUUCAAAGCGAAAAGACUGAUUUUUGCACCUACUGGAAUUCUCGAUGUCGAUUUCGAUGAUGUCAGGAGCUUCAGAAAGACAGGAUUCAAUGCAAUCAGGCGAGCAAUCAAGGCAGGCAUUAAAAACCCACUGGUCUAUGUUUUGGGACACCCGGACUACAAGAAAGCUCCAUUGGUCACACUUCUAGGUGUUUUAGAGGGACUUUAUGUGCCCAUACAAAUACGUGAAAGGGAACCUGAGAGAUUCCACAGCAUCAAGAAAGUUGGAGUAUUCGCAAAACCACCCAUUGAUUUGGAAAACCUGGUCAACACAGCGAAGAUUUUGGAACAUGGCCGUAGAGUUGCAUGUGAUAUCGGCGAUGCCGACCCAGAAAGGAUGGCACCACCAAAGGUCGAAGAAUAUAUCACCCAGUUGUUCAAAGAUUCGGAAAUUUCCGUUUCUGUAGUCAAAGAUAUCGAGGUCAUCCGAAAAGAAUACCCACUCUUCGAAGCGGUCAACAGGGCGGCUAGUAACAUAGAAAGGCACCAGGGAAGAAUAAUAUUCCUUGAAUAUAAGCCAAAGGGUGAGGUGAAGAAAACUCUUUUCUUGGUCGGCAAAGGUGUCACAUACGACACUGGUGGUGCUGAUGUAAAGGCUGGAGGUGUAAUGGCGGGAAUGUCGAGAGACAAGUGCGGCGCAGCAGCAAUCGCUGGCUUCUUCCAGGUGUUACAACUGCUCAAACCAGACCACAUACGGGUAGUGGGUGGACUCAGUAUGGCUAGAAAUAGUAUUGGGUCCAACGGCUACGUUGCUGACGAGCUGAUCGCAGCCAGGUCUGGUAAACUUAUCAGGGUUGGAAACACGGACGCCGAAGGUCGGAUGGUCAUGGCUGAUGUACUUUGCAAGUUCAAAGAGAUGGCAGUUGAUGCAGUCAAUCCUCAUCUCUACACUGUUGCAACCCUGACAGGUCAUGCUCAUAUGUGUGCUGGUGAAGGUUAUAGCAUUGUUAUGGAUAACGGCCCAGCCAGAAAAAUCAAACAUGCCGAAAAUCUUCAGGAGAGAGGAGAGGAAAUUAGCGAACCCUUCGACAUUUCCUCCAUACGCAAAGAAGACGUGGACUUCCAUCAGGGACAAGCGUAUGGUGAUGACUUACUUCAGUGCAACAAUCUUCCUUCCUCAAGAACUCCUAGAGGACAUCAAGGGCCAGCUGCCUUCUUGAUGCUCGCUUCAGGAAUCUACGAGCACGGUUCAGGAAAAACUGUUCCACUGAAAUACAGUCAUGUGGAUAUUGCUGCAUCCGCAGGAGACUUUCCCCAGCCCGCAACUGGAGCUCCAGUUCUUGCAUUGGCAAACUACCAUCUUCUGUAAAACAAACGGCCAAGUUACUUAUUAUAUUUUAGGAAACGUGUCGAUACUUUUAUUCUUAUCUAUUUUUAUAUAAUAAUUAUUUACAAUUGGUAAUUCAUUAUUUUAGCAUUAUAUUUCUGAAGAAAA